AUGGAAGCAGAAGGGAGGAAUCGGCAGGGUAAGCAGCAGAAGGGGCAAGUUUGCAGCAGCCUCCUGCCUGAGAGAUGCCCAGCUCCUGGGACUCUGACCUCCAGGGCGGACAUGAGCACUCAGUCCUACAGGAGGCUCUCUGGUUCAGGAGUGGGGAGACCAAGGCUCUCCCCACAAGGAGGACAGAGGGGUCGCCCACACUCCCGGCGCCGCCACCGCACCACUUUCAGCCCAGCACAGCUGGAACAGCUGGAGGCAGCCUUUGGAAGGAACCAGUACCCUGACAUCUGGGCCCGUGAGGGUCUUGCUCGGGACACGGGGCUCAGCGAGGCCAGAAUCCAGGUCUGGUUCCAGAACCGCAGAGCUAAGCAACGGAAGCAAGAGCGGUCACUGCUCCAGCCACUGGCCCAUCUGUCUCCUGCCACAUUUUCUGGUUUCUUGCCUGAGUCCUCUGCUUGCCCCUAUUCCUACGCAACACCACCUGCACCGGUGACCUGCUUCCCUCACCCCUACAACCAUGCCCUUCCCUCCCAGCCCUCCAUGGGUAGUUCCUUUGCUCUACCACACCAAUCUGAGGACUGGUACCCGACCUUGCACCCAACCCCCACUGGGCAUCUGCCCUGCCCCCCACACCCACCCAUGCUUCCCCUCAGCCUUGAGCCACCAAAGUCCUGGAACUAA